GUACCUUCUUGGAUUGGAUAAGAAACGGACGUUUCCUUUAAUAACUAUGGAUACAAAGACUGAAAUUCGUACCGAGACGAAGGACUCAACGUCCUUGCCAGCGGAUGACUAUAAGAAACGUGAUGCCAUUUGGCCGUUGGUUUUAUUCUAUAUACAUAUGAAUAUUCUCGCUAUCGGCGGGGCUUACAUUCUCCUAACAAGCGCCCUGUGGUCUACAAUAUUAUUCACAACUCUUUUGGCCUUGCUGGGCAUAUUGGGCGUGACAGUGGGCGUACAUAGAUUAUGGGCCCAUCGUACUUUCACAGCAUCUGCACCAUUGCGUUUGUUUCUAAUGCUCUGCCAGACAACGGCUGGUCAGGGCUCCAUCUACAGUGUCGUCCAGGCACAUCGUUUACACCACCAAAAAUUCCAACAAGAUGCGGAUCCGUUCUUCAGCAAGCAAGGAUUCCUGUUUGCCCAAGUGAGAAGCGGUCUCUUCAAGUAUUCCAGUGAGCAGGAGCAGCUAUUGCAAGAGGUGGAUAUGACAGAUCUGGAGAACGAUGCCAUAGUCAUGUUCCAAAAGCGUUAUUAUGUCGUGCUCUACACAGUGCUCAAUGUAUUGCUUUCGAUUAAUACACCUUUCCAAUACUUUGGCGAUUCACUAUCCUCGUCCAUGUUGGUUGGAUUUUGGUUACGCACUCUCAUCGUCCACAAUGUGGGCAAUCUUGUGCACACAUCGCACUUUGUCUGGAGCAUAUACAAGGAUUUUAAGCCAACCGAUUCGAAUAGCAUAUUCUUCAUUACCAAGAGCUAUUGGCCUCAAUAUCAUUAUCUCCUGCCGCAGGACUAUCAGAGCGGAGAGUUUGGUGACUAUGGUUCGGGGUUGGGUGCUGCUGUCAUAAGAGUUUUUGCUGCUCUGGAUUGGGCAAAGGAUUUGCGUACCAUUAGCUCGGUGGCCGUUAGAAUGGGCCUAACCAAUGCCGUCGAGACGGGCAGACCGAUUGUCGAAUGUAUUCAGGAACAGGUGCAACUCGAGAAGAAUGCAUUGCCAGCCAAUCAUUUUUUAAAUCGCGAAAAGUUUAUGUAAAUAUUGCCACAUAGAGCGGUUGGGGCUUAAAAUUAUGCGUGAAAUACCGUCGAAAGUCGUAAAAAUAAAUUAACAAACGCCAACUGAA